AUGGCUUGUAAAGCAAAGCUUAUGAUUCCUGAGGAUGAGAAGUACGAAGGAAAGCCAUUUGCCCUUUCACACGCAAGGACCGCCAUUACAACAAUAAAGGCGAAGUUCAAUACGCAGCAGUUACAGAGGUUCGAGGGGAGUUGUUUUGGUCAUCUAUUACUGAUAGAGGACCUGAAGUGGAAUUCACAAGUUGUCCACGGGCUGUUGAUGAGGAAAGCUGAUCCUAAGACAGUUACACAGGUGAACGGGAUAAAAUUCAUUGUGGGUAACAAGUUGAUACAAUUCACAGCCCAACACUUUUGCCUCAUCACGGGCCUAAGGUUCGGAAAGCUCCCUUUCAUUCCGAAGGCGACAAAUGAAAACUGCUCCUUGAAGCGAAAAUACUUCAGUAGCAAUAAACCUCCCACCCUUUUGGACCUACACACUGCCUUCAUUGAGUGCACAGAUGAUGACGAUGCGUUAAAGCUUGGAAUGUUGGCCGAAGACUUAGAAGAGUUUGACAAGUAUCCAUGGGGUGCCGUGUCAUAUGCGAUGACAAAUGCUUCACUUUUGAGGGCAGUUUCUCCUGAUUACCAACGAGUGAAGGUGCCCCAAAACAGAAAAAAGCCCAACAAACGUGGGAAGAAGAGAGCGGAGACAAGAAUGGAAUGCAGUAGAGCCAGAGAGUACAUCAUAAGGGGGUUUGGCUUCGCUCUUCAGAUUUGGGCUUUUGAAGUCUUCCCAGCAUUGGAAGGAUUGCAUUUCACGGUCCAUGAAGACAAUAGGCACAUCCCUCGAAUAUUACAUUGGAGGAGCAACACGGUGGCCCGUUUUCGGGAGGUUAUGAGUCAGGUUUAUGAAAACUUUGAGGUUGAUGUGCAACUUCUCCGGCCGACUGAUAUUGAGAAGCAACAACCUUACUGGAGUUGGGGCGAUGAUGAGAACAAUGAAGAAAUUGUUCAAUUGUUUGGGGAUGAGGGCGAAGACAAAACCAGCACUUCUAGUGAAGAAAAAGAGGCGGAUGUUGAGGAAACAACUACCCUUCCCUCCUCUUCUAAGGGCAAAGGGUCUUUUAAUGACUUUGGCAGGUUGAAGCAUCAAUUAGAAAGCACUAAGGAUGAGUUAGCAAAGCUACGUAGUUCAAAUCGGGGCCUUAGGAACAGAGUUCGUGAAUUGGAAGCUAUUGUAGACAAGAACUGUUUGAAGCAUGAGAAGGAGUGUGACAGAAAUAAAAAGGCUAUUGGGGAUUUGACCCUAACAAUUGCUUCAGUGGAACAUUAUUUUAAAUUGGAGAUGGAGGAGUUAAAAAAAUUAUAUGGUGGACAAGGGCAUGAGGAAGUGUGGACUGCUCAGAUGAAUGAAGGAGGGCAGAAUGAAAUGUCACCCUUGAAUGAACUUACUACUCCGACUACAGCAGGGCCUAAAAUGGACGCACAAGUUGCAGGUGAUGGAGUGGAAGCCUUCCCAGGCAUGCAUACAGAACGGGCUGAAAUGGAAGCAACAGUCUAUGGUGGAGUGGAAGGGGCUGAAAGGGAAGCGGAAGUCCCUGCUGAUGGAGUGGAAGCUUUUCUAGCCAUGCAUAUACAAGGGGCUAAAAGGGAAGCCGAAGUCCCUGCUGAUAUUGUGGAAGGCUUCCCAGGCAUGGAAGUCGAAGCCGCUGAAAUUGACACUUCAGUUUGUAACAAACAAGUGCACCAACAACCUCACAAGGUUCCUACUUCGGAAGAUGUGAAGGUUCCUAGUCUUGAAGAAACCCCUCAUUCCUAG